AAUGACAUCCUUUCAAGAAGUUCCACUGCAGACUUCCAACUUUGCCCAUGUCAUCUUUCAAAAUGUGGCCAAGAGCUAUCUUCCUAAUGCACACCUAGAAUGUCAUUACACCUUAACUCCAUAUAUCCAUCCCCAUCCAAAAGAUUGGGUUGGUAUAUUCAAGGUUGGAUGGAGUACUGCUCGUGAUUAUUACACGUUUUUAUGGUCCCCUGUGCCUGAACAUUAUGUAGAAGGAUCAACAGUCAAUUGUGUGUUAGCAUUUCAAGGAUAUUACCUUCCAAAUGAUGAUGGAGAGUUUUAUCAGUUCUGUUAUGUUACCCAUAAGGGUGAAAUUCGUGGAGCAAGUACACCUUUCCAGUUUCGAGCUGCUUCUCCAGUUGAAGAGUUGCUUACUAUGGAAGAUGAAGGAAAUUCUGACAUGUUGGUGGUGACCACAAAAGCUGGCCUUCUUGAGUUGAAAAUUGAGAAAACCAUGAAAGAAAAAGAAGAACUGUUAAAGUUAAUUGCUGUUCUGGAAAAAGAAACAACACAACUUCGAGAACAAGUUGGAAGAAUGGAAAGAGAACUUAACCAUGAGAAAGAAAGAUGUGACCAACUGCAAGCAGAGCAAAAGGUUCUUUUUGAAGUCUCACAAAGUUUAAAAAUGGAAAAUGAAGAAUUUAAGAAGAGUUACAAUGAUGCUACAUCCAAAGCCCUCCAGCUUGAGGAAGAUAUUGUGUCAGUCACACAUAAAGCGAUUGAAAAAGAAACUGAAUUAGACAGUUUAAAGGACAAACUCAGAAAGGCACAAUAUGAAAGAGAACAGCUUGAAUGUCAAUUGAAGACAGAAAAGGAUGAGAAGGAACUUUAUAAGGUACAUUUGAAGAAUACAGAAAUAGAAAAUACCAAGCUUGUGUCAGAGGUCCAGACUUUAAAGAAUUUAGAUGGGAACAAAGAAAACAUGAUUACUCAUUUCAAAGAAGAGAUUAGCAGACUGAAGUUCUGUUUGGCUGAAAAGGAGAAUCUACAGAGGGCUUUCUUGCUUACAACCUCAACUAAGGAAGAUACAGUUUUUUUCAAGGAGCAACUUCGUAAAGCAGAGGAACAGGUUCAGGCAACUCGGCAGGAAGCUGUCUUUCUGGCUAAAGAACUUAGCGAUGCUGUAAAUGUGCGGGAUAAGACAAUGGCAGAUCUGCACACUGCACGCUUGGAAAAUGAGAGAGUGAAAAAGCAGUUAGCUGAUGCAGUGGCAGAGCUUAAACUAAGUGCUGUGAGAAAAGACCAGGAAAAGACUGAUACACUGGAACACGAACUGAGAAGAGAGGUUGAAGAUCUGAAACUUCGUCUUCAGAUGGCAGCAGAUCAUUAUAAAGAAAAAUUCAAGGAAUGCCAGAGGCUCCAAAAACAAAUAAACAAACUUUCAGACCAAUCAGCUAAUAACAAUAGUGUCUUCACAAAGAAAAUUGGGAGUCAGCAGAAAGUGAAUGAUGUCUCAAUAAACACAGACCCAGCUACUGCUGCCUCUACGCUUGAUGUAAAGCCACCACCUUCUACAGCUGAGGUAGAUUUUGACAAUCUAACUAAGGGACAAGUCUCUGAAAUGACCAAAGAAAUUGCUGCAGAAAAGUAUAAUAAAUGUAAACAACUCUUGCAGGAUGAGAAAACAAAAUGCAAUAAAUAUGCUGAUGAACUUGCAAAAAUGGAGCUGAAAUGGAAAGAACAAGUGAAAAUUGCUGAAAAUGUGAAACUGGAACUAGCUGAAGUAGAGGAGAAUUACAAAGAACUUAAAAGGAGUAUAGAAAAUCAAGCAGAAAGGAAAUUGGAGGAUGGAGCAGAUGGUGCUUUUUACCCAGAUGAAAUCCAAAGGCCACCUGUGAGAGUACCCUCUUGGGGACUGGAAGAUAAUGUUGUCUGCAGCCAGCCUGCUCGAAACCUAAGUCGACCUGAUGGUUUAGAAGACCCUGAGGAUAGUAAAGAAGAUGAGAAUGUGCCCACUGCCCCUGAUCCUCCAAGUCAGCAUUUACGUGGCCAUGGAACAGGCUUUUGCUUUGAUCCCAGCUUUGAUGUUCAGAAGAAAUGUCCACUCUGUGAAUUAAUGUUCCCUCCCAACUACGAUCAGAGCAAAUUUGAAGAACAUGUUGAAAGUCACUGGAAGGUGUGCCCAAUGUGCAGCGAGCAGUUCCCUCCUGACUAUGACCAGCAGGGGUUUGAAAGGCAUGUACAAACCCAUUUUGAUCAGAAUGUUUUAAAUUUUGACUAGUUAAUUUUUAUUAGGAGUUAAUAAUACAGUUUAGCAGUUGGAAAAAAAAACACCUCAGACCACUAAGGAGACCACAAGGUGUCACUUUCAUGCACCCUCUACUGCACUUUUCUGAUCAAGAGCUACUUUGAGUUUGGUGUUACUAGUGUCAGGGUCAGUCCUUGGCUUAUCA